AUGCAGUCUGCGGGUCUCCAGGUUUUGCUGUGGCUGGUGCUCUUGACUCACAACAGCAUACAGUGCGCCGCUCAGCUGCAUGUUGCUUGGCCUGCCGGUAUAGUGCAGCUGGUGCACGAUGAAACGGUCCUUGCAGCCGGCGCGGGCGACUCUCUUUCGCUCCUGCUGAGUCUGCAGGCUUGCCCCUCCCCUGGCACCGGGGCCCCACCAGAGCAACAACAUGACCUGCACUUGGCGGCUCCCACCGCCCUGGACUCAACGACCCUGCUGGCUCGCAUGCAAUGGGAUACCAUCACGCUCUGGUCUCAGCUCAUCGACACCGCUGCAGCACCAUCUACAAAUCUAACCGUCUGUCUGGGUUGGCCGACUGGCACGUGGCAAAAUACCACGCUCACUUGGCACGAUACGCCAGCUCAUACCACGGCCAAACUGAUACUGCGCAUGGAUGGGGGCUACGAUGUCGCCCUAUCCGCCAAUGGACCACUCCACUGGAGCGCGACGUCCUGCAUUGCUCAGCUCAAUCACGUCUCCCUGACCCUGGCUGCUCCAGUGAAUCCAGAUCCCCCAAGCAUAACCUGGAGCACAACACUGCAGCUUCGCAUCAUAACGCCCGAGCGCUUGGCACAGGCACUCAGCUUGGGCUCUUCCCAGCAGCUCGAUGUUGCCCACUGUGUCGACACCCCACUGGUCAAGCUGAGCAGUGGUUUAGCCAAUGUCACGGUCGCCGUUGAAGCCGCAGCUAGGACGGCGGCCUUGAAUCUGCUUCAGCCACAGCUGUCCACACUUAGCGUCCAAGCCUCUUAUCAAGAGCAGCUCGGGGUCUUGACGCUCCAGCCUAUGCCAGGCUGGGCAGCGCUCGAUUGGUCCCAGCUCUUUUUGGCAGCGACUGAAACAAGUGACAUACAACAUGGCCUCAACCUGCAGAGCAAUGCCAGCGUCCUGACAGCAACCCCGCAGCUAUGGCAGGCAGCCCUACACCUUGAUGCUGCCAACCAGGCCCGGCAGUGGCUCUCCCUCAGCGAUGGCGCGCCCGGCUUGUGGUUGUUGGCCGCACCCAGUCCUCACGAUGCGCCACUGGCUCGAGCCAUGACCACCUAUCUGCCGGGCUCAAUUUCUCCGACCGCUGUUUACGCCAGCGCUGGCGAGUUGCCCUCUACACUCCUGCCCGCGCUCAGUGCCAUUUCGCUUGACCUCACCGCGCAGCGCCUGCGGCUUACGAGCCAGUCCAAUGAUUUGGCAGCUGAGCAGCUGAACCGCCUUCGCUUCCGCUUGUCAGAAGAUCCAGUCACGGCAGCAGACCACCGGUCCGUUCAACUCGUGACUCCACGCACCUGGCGACCCGAUGAAACUGAGGCGACGGGAUUAUGGACGCCCUUAAGCCAAGACGAGCUACAAGCCCUGCUCGCCAUUGGUCGGCUGCUCAACGCCACACUUAGUGCGGAGCAGAACGAGCUGCAACGAACCCUUGCGCUCACGCUGAGCUGGUCCCAGCCCGUCGUGCCAAACUCAUCCGACUGGAUCAUCACUUUGCAGCACGGCAGGCAAGUCAACUGCAUUUGCAUCGUCUUUAUUCCCUCCUCGCUACCUUUUCCGACCUGCCUGACGGCUACAAGUGCCCCGCAAGCCACAAACUCGUGGUCAUUGGUGCCUACAAAGCAACGUGCCGCACAACUCCUGUUGCACUCAGCGGAAGCCUUUGCUUAUCUGUGGCGCACCGAGCCCAUGGAUACCAUCUGUCUAAUGCUUCAUGACAAGCUGGUCAUGUCGCGCCAAGGCGUGGCUAACCGCCACGUCACCAAGUCUCUCGACGUGCCGAGCGCUGCUUUUGUUCGGCCUCGCGUCUCAAGGGCUUGGCUCGACUUGAGCACGGAUACCAUCGUGUUGGAUCUGACCCGCCCCAGCCAGCUUGAAGGCACCACUUUACGUCUACAGAUAGAGUUUGUGGCCAUCUCAGACACGGCAUCCAUCCCCGUACACUUGGCCUCUAUGUACAACGACACACGGCUCCUGAUACCCCUUUCCAACUCGGCAGCCAGUUGGUUCAAGCUUGGAGCCUUCAACUCCCAGCCGAGCUCGGUGUUGCACAUUCCCGAAGGUCUGGUAGCCAACGCCUUUGGAGUGGACAAUGGAAAAGCUACGGUGGCACUUCAGAUCCAGCCCGAUGUUCAGGGUCCGCAAUGGCGCAGCUUUGAGUUUAUUCCUAGCAAAAAGCGCCUCUUUGUUUCAUUUAGCGAACCAGUACAGCUGAGUACCUUGGACGUCUCAGCCCUGGUGUUUGACCCGACAAAUGAAAGCUUUGUCCUACCCACCGAUGGGGUGAUUGUGCAGGAGGAUCCGAUGUUCUGGGGCAGUGAGGUUAUCUUACAGCUGGACAGCACAGUCAAUCUGCAGCUACAGCAGUUGCUGCUGCAGCGCACAUCCGGUGGAGCUCAGCUGGAGGUGAGCGCCCGCGGCCCCAUGGUAGCUGAUCUCAGCGGCAAUUUCAUGCCAGCGACGAAUCUGGAUGUACGCUCAAGCUUUGUGAUCCUUCGUGGAGCCCUGGAUCUUGAGCAAAGCACGUCCCCCACGAGUACGCACGAACGACGGCGUGCCAGCAACAUUGCAGUGGCCAGUGUGUCUGCCGUGGUGCUGGUGGUUUGUACCAUUCUGCUAAUCCACCGACAGCAGAGCACCGCAUCCAUCUACCAAUCACCACCCCAUUCCCGACGCACCAGUGAUGUAAAUUUGCUCAGUGGUGUGCCCAAUGUGCUAAAUUUGGGCGUUGAGCUCAGGUCUCGCAAUGAGGGCGAUCCCAUUUACACCGCCUUGGAAACAUUCAGCGACACAUCAACCCACAACGGGAAUCUACCACCUCCCCCGCGUCAGCGACGCCGUGACUCAUUGCAGGCUGAGUUUCCCGCGGUGACUCACCGGGCCCUGGGUGAUUACACGGCUGUGAGCUCGGAGGAACUCUCCCUACGAGCCAAUCAACCGCUGCGGGUGCUUGAGAUUGACAACGAAACUCGAAUGGCCAAAUGCGUCACCAAGCUAGGCAAAGAGGGCCGUGUCCCCAUGUAUCUACUUCAGGCUCUAGAUGACAUGUCAGAGGCGCCGUCCAGGACGUCGCUGAACUCGGCCGUGCGUCGUGUGCAGCGCCUUGUGUUGCAAGCCAAGCGCGCCACGCAACUGUCCAACAUGCUGUCGGCCGUCGAGGGUGAGGACUUGAGCGUAGAUCAAGUUUGA